ACAUCUCCGUCUCAAUUUCCCCCUUUUUCUUAAAUCUUUUUUGUUCAUUUAGUUGUCAACCAGAGAGAGCGAGAGUCCGCGUUUCUGUGUGGAAACCUCACAGGGCCACGCCAUUUCCUGGUGAAGAUAAGCUGACUGCUGACUCAUCAGAGACAAUUCUUCUUGAAUGCUGUUAUUGCCUCUGCUUGGACUGAGGAUAAAUGGGCGGCUCAAAGGAGACCCAAUACCGUCUGGGUUCACUGAUGCCUUCAUCAAAUCUUCAAGGCGGUUCAAGAAUGGACGGCAUCAAGCUCAUGAAGGAGAUGACACAGAAUAAUCGUCGGGCUCUGAGCAAUAUCAAUCAGAAUAUAAUGGAGGCUACUCAUAAGCCUUGUGUGGUCAACAGAAGAGAUCCAUCAGGAAGAUAUACAGAACAGACAGUUCAGCACUGCCCUGAAGAAACCAAAAAACGAAGCUUGUUGGCUCCGAACCCUAGUUACCAGUUGGACGGUGAUAUAACAGAUAUUGAAGAAUACGAGGGUGCUGGUGACAAUGGAGUUCCAGUGUUUGUUAGGCACACAGAAGCAAUGCUGGACGAAAUUGAGAGAUUAGAGGAAGUGGAAAUGGAGGACGUGGAGGAGCCUAUUAUGGACAUAGACGAUUGUGAUACGAAAGAUCCACUAGCAGUUGUUGAAUACAUAGAUGAGAUCUACGAAUUUUAUAAGAAAACUGAGAAUUCUAGCUGCGUCUCUCCAGAUUACAUGGCUGGCCAGUUUGACAUCAAUGAGAAGAUGAGGGCUAUCCUCGUUGACUGGCUUAUUGAGGUUCACUACAAAUUUGAGCUUAUGGAGGAGACAUUGUACCUUACCGUCAAUCUCAUAGACAGGUUCUUGGAGCGUCAGGCGGUGAUCAGAAAGAAGCUUCAGUUGGUCGGUGUAACAGCCAUGCUAAUAGCUUGCAAAUAUGAGGAGGUUUCUGUCCCCACUGUUGAGGAUUUCAUCUUGAUAACCGACAAGGCGUACAAAAGGGAAGAAGUUCUAAAUAUGGAGAAGUUAAUGAUGAACACGUUACAGUUCAGCCUGUGUGUGCCUACUCCGUAUGUGUUCAUGAGGAGAUUUCUUAAAGCUGCUCAGUCUGACAAAAAGCUGGAGCUCUUGUCAUCCUUCAUAAUCGAGCUUUGCUUGGUGGAAUACAAAAUGCUCAGGUUUUCACCAUCUUUGCUAGCUGCUGCAGCCAUUUACACAGCUCAGUGUAGUCUGUAUCAGUAUAAGCAGUGGACAAAGACUAGUGACUGGUAUACUAAUUACUCGGAAGACCAGCUUUUAGAGUGCUCAAGAAUGAUGGUUACUUUCCAUCACAAGGCUGGGACUGGUAAACUCACAGGAGUUUAUAGGAAGUACACUACGUGCAAGUAUGGUUAUGCCGCAAAUAUGAAACCAGCCCUUUUUUUGCUGGACUCUGACUGAUAUGUGUAUUAGAUAAUCACUUGCUUCUACUGCAAAUCGCAGCAGAAAUUGUACUGUUAUCUCGAAGGAAGUUUCCCUCAUGUUUUUAUCCUUCCUUUUUUUUGGUUAUUACAGUUAUGAAUGUCCUUAAAUAUCUUUUAAGGAUGUUUCUUUCUUUCUUUUUCGGGGUGCUAUUAUAGUUAAAGACAUCUUCAAGCUUUGGUCGGAUCAAUCAAUCUCCCCUCUCAAUACAGUACACUGUUGCAUUGCCAAUUUGUCCGAAUUGUGAAUCUCCCAUCACACAAUCUUAAGGCACUCGAGAUUUUAAUUUGAGUUUUC